AUGGGUGAGCCCGAGAGCUUGCUUGCAAAGCCCCAAGGCUAUUCGCCUUCGCCAGACCCCCUCCCCUCCCGUCCGACACAGCAGUGUCGUGUCUCGGCUGCCCACCGACACGAGCUGCCGACAUCAGCCGUGCAGCCUCCAAGGCGCCUCUACACGGAUCCCACCAACACCACUGACAGUGGUGUCGCCUUCGAUACCACCUUCACUCAAAACGCCCCUUUGCCUCGCGUCGACACGGCCCCGGUCUACUCGGCCAUCCACCCUCACCCCAUCACCGCCAAAGCGCAUAGUCGUUCUCCUUCGUCUAUCGGCCUACAAUUGCAGACGGACUUCUCCCGCUUAUCCUCACGCCCCAAGGACUCGGCUGUCGCGCCAUCGAUCAUCAACACGCCGGCAGAAGAGCUGCGAGGCUCGGCCACUGCACCCAUGGACAUACAGAAGACGGGUCUCCGCUCCAAUGUCUCCGCUGCCAGCUUGGCCAGUUCGCUCUCUCCCAGCUCCGCCAUAUCCUCGCCGGCGCUCGGCGCACUUACCGACAUUACACCGUUACCUUCGCCGUUGGUAAUGAAUGAUUCCCCGGGCCCUUGGCGGCGCGCCAUGGUCCACCAACGGCCGGGAUCAGGCGGUUCCUCAGGAACGGGAACGGUGAAAGAGGACUCGAUGACGAUGCUUUCAAACGGCACUUUGUCACCCUCGCGCACGCCCUCGAAAAAACACAAAGGAUACUCCGACCUCAUGACGGCAGCGGUCGAAGCCAACGGCGCCAACAUGGACAAGAACAAAGCCAGCCAUGGCCGCAAUCGAAGCCUUAGCGAAUAUGUUCCCGAGCACGCAUACAACUCAAGGCCGAGGAAUGUCACUGUCUCUAGCGGCACCAAUGCGCCCAUCACGGAGGAAGCAGAAUCAACUCCCCAUCUGCAUCGUGAAGAAUACCUGGCAGAGCAGAGAGGAUUGGCCCCUGCAUCUGGCGCCGCUCCAAGAAGGACCUUACCCACGCCCCCACCAAGCAACCGCAGCUCGACGGAGAGUGAAGAAGAAGAAAUGAAAGACGACGCCGAUAUGGAGGGUAUAGAAUACCUAGCUAUCAGGCACGACCCGGAGAAGAAGAAGAAGAAGAUAUACCGACCGAUUCGCCAACUCGGCCAGGGGACAUUCAGUAAAGUUCUUCUGGCCACCAGGCAAAAACUCGCCUCGAAAGAAAUACCCGACGAGUCGGAGCUAGAUCCAAACAAACUCGUUGCGAUCAAGAUCGUUGAGCAUGGGCCAGCCGGAGGAGCGGAUGAGGAGCGGGUGGAACUGAGUCUGAAGCGCGAGGUCGAGAUGUUGAAAUCUGUACACCACCCCUCGCUCAUACGCCUCAAGGCGUUCGACUGCGAUGAGAACCAGGCGCUCUUGGUUCUCACAUACACCCCAGGCGGCGACUUGUUCGAUUUGGCCAGUUCAGGACGCGAAAUCCUUACAGCAGGUCUCGUCCAGCGCAUGUUUGCAGAGCUGGUUGGCGCCGUACGGUAUCUGCAUAAAGAGCUCAUCGUCCACCGUGAUAUCAAACUCGAGAACGUUCUUCUCAACUACCCCGUUUCCCUACUCCCCAGCAUCCAGCCCCCACAGAGCCACCGUUAUCCUCUUAUCACACUAACUGACCUCGGACUUUCGCGCCGUAUCGAACCCGCUUCUCCUCUGCUCACCACCCGCUGCGGCAGCGAGGACUACGCGGCACCGGAAAUUCUACUGGGCCAAGAGUACGACGGUCGUCAAACAGACGCGUGGGCCGUCGGCGUCCUGUUAUACGCGCUAAUGGAGGGCCGUUUGCCCUUCGACCCGCCCCCAGGGAAGGCGCGCGGCCGUAGCCGAGCGGUACACAGAAUCGCACGAUGUGACUGGAUGUGGUGCCGCUUUGGAGACGAGAAUGGGGAUUGGGAUGAAUCGAAGCCCGAAACGAGCGGGUGGGAAGGAGCGAGGACGGUGGUGGAGGGAUUGCUGAAGAAGGUAUCGCGCGGGCGGCUGCCGCUGGAGGACGUGGAGCAGAUGGAGUGGGUCAGAGAGGGGAUUACGGUGGAAGGCGGGCUCAAGAUUCCAGGCGAAGAUGAAGGGAACGCGGAUGUGCCAAUGACGGGAGGGGCGACGAGGUAG